UGAAACUUGAAAAAGCAUACACCGCAUUGCACGUACAAGCAAGUCGUUUCGUAUAUAUGACAAAGGGCAUUUAAAGAGCUCUCUCUUGCUCUGCUGGACUGAGUAUUUGGAGUACAAGUUAGUUUACAAACGGUGUUUGACUUUGUAGCGUCUCAUCAAGAAGUAUAACCUGAAUUGUCUAAUUUUUUCAAGCCAAAAGAGUGUUUGGUUUAUCUAUCGACAGAAUGUUGAGAGGAAAAGAGAAUGUACAAACAGUCAAAAGUCAAGUCAGAACUUUCAAAUCAAGUGUACUAACGGGAAGUCAAAAUAAAACGGAGCACAAGGAGCAUCAAUCAAUCAAGACUCAAGAAAAUCAAGUGGAACAUAACAUAAAGCCAAGUAGUGGCAGAGAUAAGGAACCAUCAGGCAACGCCAAGAAGUCUCGUGAACUCAUGCCUCCACCAAGAAGCUCAAAGCCAAGUGCUGAAGUCACUAGUCAAAAAUCUGAUAACCAUGAUAAGAAGAGUAAAAUUUCAGAGGAUGGUAAAACUAAGAAGAAGCAAUGGGCUAUAACAGAUUUUGAUAUUGGUCGACCACUGGGCCAAGGAAAGUUUGGUAAUGUUUACCUGGCAAGGGAAAAAAGGUCAAAGUUCAUAGUGGCAAUGAAGGUUCUGUUUAAAGAUCAAAUUAUUAAGGCAGAUAUUGAACAUCAAGUUCGAAGAGAAAUUGAAAUACAAACUCACUUGAGGCAUCCAAAUAUUUUAAGGAUGUAUGGUUAUUUCCACGAUGAUACCAGAGUAUACUUAAUCUUAGAAUAUGCUCCAAAUGGUGAAUUAUUCAAGGAACUAAAGAAUCAACCAAAUAAACGUUUCGAUGAAGUGAGAGCUGCAACAUAUAUAUCACAGUUGGCUGAUGCUCUGAGAUACUGCCACACAAGAAAAGUUAUUCACAGAGACAUUAAACCUGAAAACUUAUUGUUAGGUGUAAAUGGUGAAUUGAAAAUGGCAGACUUUGGCUGGUCUGUUCAUGCUCCCUCAUCUCGACGAGAGACCUUAUGUGGAACUUUGGAUUAUUUACCACCGGAAAUGGUCAAUGGUAAAACUCAUGAUCAUACAGUUGAUCUAUGGGAAGUUGGAGUUCUCACUUAUGAAUUCGUUGUUGGAGAGCCGCCAUUCCUGGCUAAAACUUAUGAUGAAACCUACAAUAAGAUUAGGAAAGCAAGUUUCAAGUUUCCUGAUUAUGUUAGCGAUGGAGCAAAAGAUUUUAUUUCUAAGUUAUUAGUUGUUAAACCUGAAUGUAGACUUAGCCUUGAUGGUAUCCUGCAACAUCCAUGGAUCGUGAAAAACCGCACGACCGAACCAACAAAAGACGGUGUAAUAGCCAAGAAAAAUCCUGCAAAAUAAACUGAUUCAUACGAUAUAAAAUCAAAUAAGGCGUUUAUAGAUCCAUUACGAACUUCAUUCAAGUGAAAAAAUUUUAUGACUUAGAUAAAGAACCCAUUAAGAAAUUGUCGAUUAAAAAAAAUCAUAGUGUAUAUAAUUAUUUAUUUCGGCAUUCAUCAAGUAAAAAUAAUCUUUUUUUAUACUCGUAUAAGUAACAAAAAAAUGUCUCUCGAUUUAUUUACAAUAAUUUUCA